AUGACUUGUUUCAAGUUUAAUUUGUGUCGCUCAGUAGACUGGAUAAAGGAAGAAACUAUAUGUCGGCUUAACACAAAAUUUGGAAACAAGAAUGACAGCAGUCUAAUGACUAAAGGCCCGACCUUUCAUUUCGAACGGGAAAAUUUCCCAACGCACUUGACAGGCAUUUGUUUGAAUCAUGCCUGUGCUGAGGAAGAAAUCUGCAUUGCUGGUCGAUGUGUUUCUGUUUUAGAAGAAAAAAUAGAAAAAAAGUAUAAAGACUGUUCAGAUAUUGUGAAAAGAGACCAAAGCAAGAGAGGACAAAAUGGGGUGUACGUUAUUUACGCUGACACCCGGAGAGAGGUCUACUGUGACAUGACGACAGAUGGAGGAGGGUGGACGGUCAUUCAGAAACGUCAAGAUGGUGACGUCAAUUUCUACAGGACAUGGAUUGCCUAUAAACAUGGAUUUGGGAAUGCCUCUAAGAACUAUUGGAUAGGAAAUGACGUUAUCCACACCUUAACAAGGGAUAAAAACCAAGAACUUCGUGUAGAUGUCCAAAGUUAUGACGGAGAACAGGCGUACGCUGUGUAUACCACAUUUUACAUCGGAGACGAAAACAAUAAAUAUACUCUGACAGUAUCUGGAUACAGCGGAACAGCGGGUGACGACUUAAAGUAUCACAACAGUAUGUACUUCACCACUCAGGAUCAAGACAACGACAAGAAGAUUGAUGGUAACUGUGCCAUAGCACGACAUGGAGCCUGGUGGUAUAGGAACUGUGAUCUCUCCAACCUUAACGGGCAGUACGCCCAGUCUGCCCUGAUUGGUCAACACUACGCAAAAUGGUGGCACUUGAAACGUGAAAAUGAAGCUUUAAAACAAACUCGGAUGAUGAUCAGGAACAGAGACUACAGUUAA